AUGAGAAUGUAGAAUAAUCUGGAGAUAGACCAAUUGAAUAAUAAUUAUUCUAUUUUCGUAUUUUUGACCUAAUCAAUAUUCAUGAGAAUAAUAAAAAUCUAAGAAUAGGGGAUUCUAAUAAUGAGCAAAAAUAUUUUGAAAUAUUAAUGGCCGAUUGUUUAUAUUAUGAUUUUUAACAUUUACAGGUAUUAAACCAAAACUGAAUAAAAAACAAUUAAAUUUUAAAAUAAUAUUAAUGUUACUUCUUCUUACUAUUACCCUAAUAUAGCUUGUGCCAACUGCGAGAAACCAGAUAAUCUCGUAAAAUAUAACUAAUAUUCUUAGAUAGUAAAUAGAGAUGGGAUGUAAAACAUCUCGAAAUGGAGUCUGUCAGGAAUUAUGUUCAUUGGGAUAAUUUAAUUGUGAAAACUAAUAGAUUUAAUGUGAGUAUGGAUAUUUCCUCUACUUAGGAAAUGCUUGUGUGCAAUGGUAAGAAAAGUUAGUUAUGUAGUCCUUAUUAAUAGGUCAUAGAUAGCUUCACCUUAUAUUGUAUGGAUUGUGUGGAGCAUCCUUAUACCUGGUCGAGCAAUAGAACUUGUUCAUAUGAAUACACAAUUGAAAGCGGAGAUUUUAUGAAGGGAACAUAUGUACGUAAAUCAAAGCAGUAUACUGAAUUAUAUUAUAUUGGUCCUUCAACUUCAAGUGGGGUUAAUUUGGAUUCAAUAACAAGAGAUGUAAAUGCAUACUGUAAUGUAUAUAGGUUCAAUACUAAUAUGAAACUUAUAUUUGUUCAGGUUGUAAGAGAUUUUGUAUUCCAGGAGUAAGUGAAAAUUGUAAUAGUAUUACUUCCCCUUAUGCUGAGGAUGGUGGGAUAAUGGGUAUAGAAUGUCUAUUAACCUAUGAAUUUAAAAAUCAGUUGUGUAUUAGUUGUCCACCAGAUUGCUUGAAAUGUUCAAAUGGGUAAUGCACCUAGUGUAAUGAUGGGUACAUGAUAUAGAAUGGUUAAUGUUAGAAAUGCGGUAAUGGCUGUUUAAAUUGCUUCAAUGUACAAUUACAGACAGUCUGCACAAAAUGUAAAGAAGGUAAGGUUGCUGCUUUGGAUUAAAGAAAUUGCGAAGAGUGUGGCAAUGAAUGUUAAAGAUGUGAAUAUGUAACCUAUGCUUCAAAUGCCCAGUAUCGUUAUCCAACAAGAACUAUGAUAAGGAUUUAGGAUAGAAUGAAAUAAAAUGAAUACAUUAAAAGAUGUAGACAAUGUUCAACGAAGAGUUUUGUAAGUCAUAAUGGAAUAGAUUGUGUCACAUGUCAAAUACCAAAAUGUGAUUUGUGUUAUUACAACAUAAGAGGAGGUGUAACAACUAUGGAUUAUGAUUUUGAACCUAGUAAAGGUAAUGAUCUGGUAUCAAAUUUAUUGUGUUUCAAAUGCAUUAGUGGCUACACUGUUAGUGCUGAUAAAUAAAGUUGUGUAGUUUCAGUGUUAGCUCCAGACUAAUGUGAUAGGAAAUAUGCAGAUACGACUUUAAAAUGUAGAUAGUGUGUGAAUAAUGUAAUUUUGAAUUAAUAAAGUAAUACUUGUUCUAGUUCGUGCACUUCCUAUAUAAGUCAAUGUUCUAGUUGUUUUUCUUAUAAGAGUUUGGAUUAAACCUAAUACACGGAUGGUACAGGUUAGAUAUUUAUAAGAACUGCCCAAACUCUCUAUUAAUGUAUUUAAUGCAGCAAUGGGUAUUACCCAAACAUCUUUACUGGCUUUUGCGAUCUAUGUCCAAAUAAUUGUUAAAAAUGUUGGCAAUACUCUUAGACCUAUAAUUUUACAGAUUACCUAUAUAAAAUGUAACCAAUUAGUAAUUCACUAAAGGAGACUUUCCUAAAUGAUAUUCCUAUCAAAGUUUAAUGUACAUCCUGUAAUUUUGGUUAUUAAUUAUAUGGGAACGAAUGCUUAGGUUGUAGUAGCAAUUGCUAAGUAGAGAAUCAGAUUGUGAGUGAUGACUCAAUUAAUAGUUGUAUUUUCAAAUCAACUUAUGCCUUUUGUGGUGAAUGUUAUGAUACCUUCAAUGAUAGAUCUUUAGUCUCAGAUAAAUCUGAAUGCAUCGAGUGCCCUUUGAAUUGUUUGGCAUGUAGAGAAAGAGAGACAUAUGAAAUAACAAACCUUUAUUUUAAUCCAGACAAUUCCAACUUAAUCCAAUAUGGGAGAUUAUGUUACAAAGCUCAGACUAUGACGAUGUCUAACCUUUAAAGUGUUUCAUAUAAUUCUUAUUUGAGUUUACCUAUUUUGUGUAUCUAUUAACAAGCAGAUUCAACAAACACCAAAAGAUGUCGUCAUACUGCUCAAAUUACUGUCCAUGUGUAUUGUAAUGAGGAUGAAUAUAAUUCUAUUUAUGAUACCCUGACCUCUACUUAAAAAUAAUAUCACUAUAACCUAAAUGAUUAUUAUUCAUUAGAUUUUGAGGAUAUUGCCUCCAUAGAGUUUUAAUAUUUAGAGACUUUUCAAUCAUACUAAAGCAUGAAUUAAGCAACAUUAGAAGAAUUGACUCUAGACAUAUUAUUUACUAAUUCUAUUGAUUAUAAAUGCACAUUUCAAAAGUCAACAUAGCUUAUAACAGAGUUCCAUAAAAAUGUUUAUGCAUUGAGUAAAUUCUAAGUUAAUAUUCAAAGUGCUCACAAUGAACCAAUUACAUUUUACAUCACAGACAAUUUCUACUUAUAAGAUUUCCCUUUUGUGAUGAUCAAGAACAUUAAUGUCUAUUCUAAUUUAUAGAAUGACUUUGGAUUAAUUAUAACCAACAAUAUCUCAUCAACAUACUUGUAAAUAUAAUAUUGUAAAUUGGGAUAUGAGUAAAAUAAAUAUAAGGAUUCGUAAAUAUUUACAUUGAAACUAGAGAACCUUAAAUAAUUAGAAUUAAAGGAUGUCUACUUUUAAAAUUUGUAACGUUCGGAUCAAAUUAAUUUUAAUCAACUAAAAAUCAAUAACUACGUAUUCGAAUUCACUAAUGUGUAUUUAAAAAGUAAUUAAUUUAUGAAUAAUGCAAUCUUUCCAUUAACACCUUAUAGCAUUGUAAACAUUAACAAUUUAGUAAUUCAAGAUUGUAUAUUCACUAAUUCAUCGUUGUUUAAUAACCAGCAAGAGUAUUAGUUAUUUGUUUCUAAGUUUUCAAUCAACCGAUUGAUUAUCAAAUAGACACAAUUUUAUUAAUCAUCAAGCAUUAUAAAAUCUAGUUACAUUUCCACAUUGUCAAUAAAUUAGUUAGAUAUAAUUGGAAAUAGAUUUAAUGAUACAGAAUUAUUUAAAUGUAACACUUAUUAAAUUUAGAAUGUUUACAUCUAUAUGAAUGUUUUUACUAACUAUUCACUAAUAUUUACAACUGCAGAUUAAGUUCCGGAUACCUAAUCUUUUUAUAACCAAAUCAAAAAUUAGGGAUUUUAAAUAUCGAAUCUUAAAUUUGUUGAAAAUACUUGUUACAACAUCAAUUGUCUUAUGCUCUUAUAAACACCAUACAACUCAGAGGAAAUAAAUUCAGAUUUAGCAAUGUAGAAUUUUUAUAUAUUUAACAACUACAUUGAAUUAUCAUUAAUACAAAGACAAUCGGUUUCCUCUGCCAUCAUCAGAGUUACUGAAAUUAAGCAAGUCAAACUAACUAAUAUUGUCAUUGAUACUCAAUUAUCCAUAACUGUGAUUUCACUCUAAGAUAUAGCUUCUUUGGAAGUAUCCAAAUUCUUAUGUGAUUUCUCAAACAACAUUAUUGGCAAGAAAGACACAAGUCCCCGUACUAAGAUUGAGAACAGCACAAUCAUCUAAUAUCCUUUUAAUAACAAAUUACCUGGCAAUACUACUUGUUCCUAUUAGAAAUAAUCAUUCGGUAGUUAUAGCUCAUAUUGUUUGGAUGUCGAGGAUUUCAUAUAUGGAGUGAAAAUAUCUGAUGCUUCUCUGAAGGGUCUUCUAGGAAUUGACAAUGGAUUUAUUUACAUUCAAUCAUAUGAGUCAUUGAUGAAACAAACUAGUAAUUUCAUUAGUUAAAGUGGCACUAAAAAUAUAUUGGAUUUUUAUUAUGGUUACACCAAUGAAGUCAUAAUCCUAGAAAACAUCAAUAUUUUUAAUACAUCUAUUGCAAUUUCAAAUCCAGUCACUAAUAUUGGAAGUAUCAUUAUUGAGUCUGAUUAAAUUUAAACCAUCUUAAUAGAUAAUGUCCAAUUGAUUGGCAAUCACCUACAUUAAUUAGUUGAGUCUAUCACUUUGAAAAUAUCAACUUGCUUUACAAUCUUGAGUCCAAAUAGCAUGAUAAGCAUCAAACAGUUAGUUGCUUAGAAUAAUAGAGCUACUUAAUCGCAAUAUGGCAUAAAUAUCAUAAAGAGCCAGUCAUUAAGAAUAUUUUCGUCUUUGUUUAACCAUACAAAUAUAAUGGAAUCAAAUUGGCUUGAUAGAUUCGAUGAAUAUUAAGUCAACAAUUAUUCUUAGUUCCUUGGCUAAUUCAACAUAGAGUCUGAGGGUUCAAAUAUAUAUAUCUAAUGUAAGAACUUAGAGCUAGACCAAACUUAAUUCAUGAAUGGCAAAUCUCUUAUGGGAACUGCCUUUUAUUUUCUAGGUCAGGACAUAGUAUCUAUUGACAUUAACAAUACAGAGUUUACAAACCUAUCGACAUCACUAGAAUAUGUUGAUUAGGCUUAUGGAGGAUCUUUAUACUUAAACUUAUAGAAAUCUAGUUAUGAGAUUAAAUUAAACAAGGUCACCAUGAAUCAUAGUGUAUCACGAAUAGCAGGUGGAUGCAUUUAUGUGUAAACAUCCAUAUAUGAAUAAAUUAUCUCCAUUUAAAAUAGUCAAUUUAUCGAAUGUUAAUCCCUAUAAAGUUCUUUAAUAGAUAUAUAGUUUUCUGUGUCUUCAUUAAUAUUGCCAGCCUUAAGUAUUAGGAAUACAAAUAUAAUGAAUAACAAUUUUGAAGGAUUUCUAAGAUAAUUAAGUGAUAUCAGUGUAGAAGAAGAGCAAUAAAUAAUAUCUGGGAUAAGUUUGAUAAAAUAGAAUUAUGGCAUAUUGGAAAUCCAAUAAAGUUAAUUUAUUGAAAUACAAAUCCAAGGAUUAAUGGAACUUAAAAAUAUGUUUAUGGUAAUCCUUCAAGAUUUAGUGGUUAAAGAUAUCACUGUAUUUAGUAAAUCUUUAAUAGAAAUUACCCACUACACAAAGUAAUCGACAGUAGAACUUUAGAAUGUUGUUAUUGAUAAUAUUACAGAAUAAAAAGUGUUGACAGAAGAAUAGUUUAUUUAUAAAUUCAGUAGUAGAUGCCAAUCAAUUUCUUCAAUGUUUGAACUAGCAAAUACUUAAACCUGUGCAGAAUAGGAGGAUUUAAGAUAGUUCUAUAAGGAUAUCUAUGAUUAUAGACAAAUAUCACAAACUAAGUUAGAUAAUAGUACUUUGUACAAUUAUUACGACUCCUUAUCAUACUCAGACAAAUAUGUUCUUAAUGAAAUUAAAUUAGAUACUUUUAGAGAAAUUAAAUCGUUUUAUUCAUCUAAUAAUGUAUACAUUAAAGACACUGUGAUAACACAAUAGGAUUUUAGUUUGUGUUAUUUUACAAAUCUAUAAUUCGCCUAUGAAAUCGAAAGCAUUCCUCAUUAUAUUAAAUUAAGCCAUAUUAAAUCAACUAACACAAUUAUGAUGAAUUCAGUUACAAUCAAAAAUUCUUUCUGUGAUAGAUGCAAAGAAGGGCUAAUUCUAAUUAAUAAUUAUGAUUAAUCUGCUCACACUACUACUAGUAUCUUUGAAUUGACUUGUUAAAAUAACAUAAUUGGAUACUUUGGCUGUUUGGUCAUAACAACUCAAACUAUCCCUUAAUUAAAUAUUACUUACAGUAAUAGAAUCCUGUAGAGUGCAAUUCCAACCUAAAAAUAUCACAUAUAUCUAUAAUAAAGUCUAUUUUAAAGUAAUUCUGCUUAAAUAGGGGCUGGUGUUUCAAUAAUUGGAGUGAGUGUAAAGAUAACAGAUAGCCAAUUUAUGGAUAACAAAGCAACUUUGAUUGGAGGAGGAAUGACCUUCGUUUAUGAUUCCGAAAGUAAAAAUAUCUUAGAUCAAUUUAACAACAAUUACAUCAAUAAUGAUGCCCAAUUAGGCAGUGCUAUUUACAUGAUGAAUAAUAAUCUUAACAAUCUUGAAAAUUCGCAGAUCUUCAUUCAUCAUAACAGCAAUACCUAGAUUGAGCAAAUGCCAGAAAGGUUGGGAUUGAUGAUGUUAGAAGGUUAAAUGAUGGACAUCUCCACAUUUCAAGAGAAUGAUGGAGACUUGAAUGAUGAUAAUAUCAUCGAUAACUCAAAUCUUUAAAUAAUUGAUAUUGUAAGUGUUCAGUCUAGCAGCAUACCUAACUUUAAGAGCAACUACUUAUUGCUUCCUUCCGGGUAAUAGAUAUCGUAAUACAAAUACUAUUAUGAGGUUACUUAAGAAUAAAUACCAUACAAUUGGGUAUUUAGAAUUUACAAUUUGGAUAAGAAUAAAAAUAUCAUAAAAUCAGUUUCAUCCACUGAAACUUGUACUGUUUCAGGUCGUCUGAUGGAUGAAUUAAAUCUGGAUUUCACUAAAUAAUUUCUGCUUAAUUUCACCUCCUAUUCGGCUACAUUUUUUGAUGAAUCCAACAACUCCUUUAAUUUUGACAACUUAUAAAUAUACUUCGACCCAUUCUUAUAAGAUAACUUAUUCCUAUAACUCAAAUGUAAUCCCUUUAUAAUAUACAUUAGUCUAAUGCUCCUCCAUCAAGAUCCCAAUAUAUAAUCAGCAGCCUCCUUAUAAUGUGCUCUCUUAUAAUAAAAACUACGCUCUGUAUCUGAAUCUGAAGACCAUUCCGUGCCAAAUUGGGGAAGCCUACCUAGAAUAAAAGUGUACCGCAUGUAGCUCAGCAAAUACUUAUUCUGUUCAAGAGAAUAGUGUUCAAUGUAAAGGCAUCAAUUCAAUUUAAAUGGACAUGGUUACUCCUGUUAGAAUUAAAUUGAAAGAAUAAUAUUGGAGGCCUUUUCCAAAAAAUGAUAAUAUUGAAGAAUGCUAUAACUUGAAAUCCAAUUGUCUGGGAGGUUGGGUUCCAGGUGAUACCUCCUGUUAUGAUGGCCAUAUUGGUGCUUUAUGUGAAUAAUGUGACAUCUAUGGAAUCAGAGGACCCCAAUAUUCAGUUAGUAAGAAAUAUACUUGCGGAGCUUGUUAAGAUACCAUUCAGUCCAACAUUCUCAUCAUAAUUGCCAUUUCGAUCUUCACUCUAGUCACAAUGAUUAUGUCAGUUAAAGGGAACUAUGAAUUUAUUGAGAACUUAAUACACCAGUAAGUUUUGUAAUCCAUUGGAGCCAGAAUUAAUAUAUAACAAAGUAUAUCAGUAUUUAUCAAUUAGAUAAUGCAUCCAUCAUUAUGAAGUAAUUAACCAAUUAUUUAUAAAUCAUUGCAUCUUUAACUACAUUUAGAAUUUCCAUACCUGCUGCUUUUGUUUCGUCAAUGGAGGUAUUGGGAAAUCCAACUCAAUCAAUGGCCUACUCUCUUGAUUGCUUUUUAGUGACGUUUGCAACUAUGGAUUUAUUGUACUUCAGAAUGGCUUGGGCAUUAUUAAUGCCACUAUUCUAUAUGAUUGUAUUCUUUUUUGGCUAUUUUUCUGUUGUAUUAAUGAGAAUUGCUCCAUUUAAAAUUGGAAUCAUUUACACUACAUUUAUUUACAUGUUCAUCUAUUUGUAGCCUACUUUAGUUGGAGGGUUCAUCUCAUUAUUGAGUUCGAGAACUGUCAGUGGAAUAGAAUGGGUCUAGAGCAAUGUCAGCUAUUAAUAUUAUACUGAGAUGCAUCAAUAUUACAUUUAUAUCUUUAUUGGUCCCAAUUUGUUGGUCUGGAGUCUUCUAUUACCAUUUAUAUUUAUGCAUUUUAUCAGAAGAAAUAAGCACUAAUUGGAGAAUAUGGAAGUACGAAAGAGAUGGGGUUUCUUCUAUCACGAAUAUACAAAUUAAGCAUAUUUAUGGGAAUUUGUAAAAAUCUUUGAGAAGGAACUUGUGAUAAUUUCUUUGACGUUCUAUGAAAACAAAAUUGUUAUUAAGGGAUUGAUGAUAUUUCUAAUAGUAUUUUUAUAUGGGGCAUUUUCAUUCACUUUUAUACCUUACAAAUAAAAGAAGUUGAAUUUUAUAGAUUAGAUGUCGACAGCUGCUUGUUCUUGUUCUCUUUGUUUAGGUGUUCUCAUCUAUGCCAGCAUGAAUGAAAAUUUAGAUUAUUUAUAAUACAUUAUGUUCUUAAUCAUAAUUAUUAUCAAUGCUUGUUUGAUCGCUUUGAUUCUCUUUCAUUUACUUGAAGGCUACAUUAAUAAAUUUGAUGAUAAACUAGACAUUGUAAGGAACAAAAUUAAAUUGAAAUUUCCAAAUAUUGAUUUCUAAUACCCUUGUCUAAAAAAACUAUUAAUAAAUAAGAAGGAUAUGAAAGAGAAAGUGAUUAAUUAUUGGGCAAUCCUGAGGUAUGAGACUAGAGAAGGUAUAAAAAGAAGAAGAAAUGAUAAAAAUGCACUUCUAAUAAUCUAAAGAACAAAGAAAUCUGGCUAGCUAUCAUAAGAUUUAUCUGAAAAGGAUAUAGAUAUUAAACAAGGAAAUUCAUUAGAUCAACAAGUAGAAUUGAAGAGCCCAGACAUAGAUAAUAACGAAGACAUUAAGUUACUCAAAAGACCAAGUUCGAAUUAUUAAGGAUUAAUGAUUUAACAAUAACACUCUUUGGAUUCAUCUCAAGUUCAUUUAGGGAAAAUAUUUCCAGAAACUUAUUCUGAUAUCCCCACUACUCGAAAACUAGAAAAUAGAUAAGAGAAAAUAUUAUUGAAGAAGCCAAUAUGA